AUGAGGGAUCCCACCAUCAACAUGGAGCAAGACAUGACAGCGAAACCGCAGGCGUCAAGCCUUCAAGCUGAACCACGCAAGAAUCAGAAGUCUGUCCGUGUCGCUUUCGGUCCGGAUUUGGACACUUAUAUCCCCCCGCGCGACAAGUCACCAGCGCCCUCCUCAGGCCACCACAGAUCUUACACCACUGUUGAACAUUCGCAACCAUCGUUUCAUCGUCCAGCCAGCUCAUCGGCAGGAGAUAAUUCGGCUAUUUUCGAUUCGAAUCCUCGGUUGACUUCAGACCGGGCUUCAGACUCGAGCGGAAGACCGACAGCAGCUCUGAAAAGGGUUAGAAGUGACUAUGGGCCGAGAGUGGGAUUCGACAAGUCCGCUGUUGCCGAUGAGGAAGAAGACUUCGCCAUGCGACAUGGGUGGCAGGAGGAGUAUACCUCGAGCGAGUACCUUAAGGUUCUACACUCGAACUUUUAUAUGUACUUCACAGAGAAGCGGCACGAUACAAACGGCAUCCCGAGAGACCCAGUCGGAAGCUGGCCCAGUCAGGAUUGGCGCAUGAAGGAUCGUUUGAAGACAGUCUCGGCUGCCCUGGCCAUCUGCUUGAACAUUGGUGUCGAUCCUCCUGACGUGGUGAAGACAAACCCGUCAGCCAAGCUGGAAUGCUGGGUGGAUCCUACAUCGACCACGGGCGGUGGCCAGAACAAGAUAAUGGAGCAGAUUGGGAAGAAGUUGCAAGAGCAGUACGAAACUCUCAGCUUAAGAACUAGGUACAAGCAGUAUCUUGACCCUUCAGUUGAUGAGACGAAAAAGUUCUGCAUUUCCCUGCGUCGUAACGCCAAGGAUGAGAGAGUACUCUUUCACUACAACGGUCACGGUGUUCCUUUGCCUACACAAUCGGGAGAAAUCUGGGUGUUCAACAAGAACUAUACCCAGUACAUCCCAGUUUCUUUGUAUGAUUUGCAAUCCUGGCUCGCGGGUCCCAGUCUCUUCGUUUUUGAUGUCUCCCACGCCGGGAAUAUCGUGCAGAAUUUCCACACUUUCGUGGAGAAGCACGAAAAGGAGAACCUCGAAGCCAAGAAGCGUGACCCGAACGCUGUCGUUCAAAGCUACGGAGAUUGCAUCCUUCUGGCGGCUUGUCAGAAGAACGAGUCACUGCCUACCAAUCCCGACCUUCCUGCAGACCUUUUCACCUGCUGUCUAACCACGCCCAUAGAAAUAGCGCUGCGCUACUUCAUUCUUCAGAAUCCCCUCCAGACGAACCUGUCAAUCGAUGAAUUCAGAGUCCCUGGUCGUUUGCAAGACCGCAGAAGCCCUCUCGGCGAGUUGAACUGGAUCUUCACGGCAAUCACUGACACUAUUGCAUGGAACACAUUGCCACGGGCAUUGUUCAAGAAGCUUUUCCGCCAAGAUCUGAUGGUAGCUGCGCUUUUCAGGAAUUUCCUGCUCAGCGAGCGCAUCAUGCGCACGUACAAGUGUCAUCCGAUAUCCUCACCCGAACUCCCAGAGACUCAUCAUCAUCCGCUUUGGAAAAGCUGGGAUCUAGCCGUUGAGAUGGUGCUAUCUCAGCUACCGGCUCUCAUUGAUCAUGAAGAAGGCCGCAGACAAUACGAGUAUCAACAUUCCACUUUUUUUGCGGAGCAACUCACUGCUUUCGAGGUCUACCUCUCAUCUGGGCCAACCGAGAAGAACCCGCCGGAUCAACUCCCCAUCGUUCUGCAAGUUCUACUUAGUCAGGCACAUCGGCUAAGGGCCCUCAUCCUGUUGAGUAAGUUCCUCGACUUGGGUCCGUGGGCUGUUCAUCUCGCUUUGAGCAUCGGUAUCUUCCCGUAUGUCGUCAAACUGCUACAGUCAGCAGCCCAGGAGUUGAAACCUGUCAUGGUGUUCAUUUGGGCGCGGAUUAUGGCAGUGGAUCACACUGUUCAGAAUGAUUUGUUGAAGGACAACGGGAUCCAUUAUUUCAUCUCUAUCCUCAACCCUUCCUCACCCAUUCCGGUGGGUAACGCCAGCGAGCACCGAGCAAUGUGCGCUUUCAUUGUUUCGAUAUUCUGUAAGAACUAUCCUCAGGGACAGAAUGUGUGCCUUUCUGGCGAGCUUUUUGACUCUUGUCUGAAGCAUUUGACCGAUGUGGAAAAUCCUUUACUCCGACAAUGGUCAUGUCUCUGCAUCAGCAUGCUCUGGUCCGACUUUCCUGAGGCCAAGUGGAUGGGAAUCCGGUGUGCUGUACCCGCAAGACUUUGCGAGCUCAAUUUCGACCCCGUUCCGGAGGUCAGGGCAGCAAUGCUCCAUGCAGCGACCACGUUCUUGGGCAUCCCUGAUUUGACAGAUCAGGUUGCGCAGAUCGAAGAAUCUCUGGCUUUGGCUGUGCUGCCCAUGGCAUCAGACGGCAGUGUCCUGGUGAGAAAGGAGCUCCUUGUCUUCUUCUCGACCUUUGUCAAACGCUACCAGAACAAAUUUCUGGUCGCUGCAUAUGAAGAGUUCCAGGACGAAAAGCAAACCCUUCUCCUUCGGCUAGAGCACGAUGGCUAUCGAGGCUUCACGCUGGAAGAAGCCCAGAAUGGACCUGCCAAUUCCAGUAACAAAUCACAGAAACUGUCUCAGAAUACCACUUUCGGCACGAUCUGGAAACAACUUCUUAUACUCUCUGUUGACCCGCAUCCUGAUAUUGCGCAAGACGCUAGCACGAUCAUUGACUUCGUCCACCUCACUCUUCUAGCAUCUCCCAUGGCGUCGCUUACUGACAAGGUCCGAAAGGAAAUUAUGGAACUCACUGGCCGGUUGACCCAGAAAAUGCAGGUUCGCGAAAGAGCGGAAUCGAAAAAAGCCGCACCUCCACCAGCUCCCCCCUCCCAGACGGCUACUCCCAAACAGGAAGGAUACUUGUCAUUGAGCAUUAAACGGACAGCCAGUGUGGCCGCUUCACUCAAGAAUCUUGCCUUCGGUGGACCCUCCCAGACCGAUCAACAAUCGUCGCAGAGCGUAACAUCGCCCACCAAAAGCCGCAUGCCCGUCACCCCUCGAGGACGUGCUCCCCCCGAAUGGACCCGGCCCCCGGAAGUCAAUGACCAGGUUGCUCCCGCGGCAGCUUAUCAGCAGGCUCCGAUUCCUACCUCGCGCGGUUUCGAACCCCGAGACCCGUCCCUGGCCCCAGUGAUACCCCUUAUGAGUCGGUUUCUUGAUUGGUCCACAGAGGUAAUCCCAGGCCUUCUCCAUUUGAUUUGCGAACAAUACACCGACAUCUAUGAACAUUUUCUUACCCUUCUUCAGUAUUUCCGUGAGCCCCAGAUGAAGCCCAAUGAGCCUGAUGAACCUGGUAGCGCCGACUACAACGAGCGCCUCUGGAGACGUAGCCGCAACGAGAAGAUCAUCACGGAAACCCAGCCCCUCAAGGGAAAAGCAGGCAGCAGUCGCUGGGAUAAUUCUCUGGCCCUUCUAACUAACACCAGUCAGCCCCUGAAGAUGUGUUUCCAUCAGUUUGAGGAUCACCUCGCAGUCGCGGAUGACCGGGACACGAUCGCAAUCUGGGACUGGCAGAGACACAAGCGUCUCAAUAGGUUUUCCAAUGGGAACCCACCGGGCUCGAGGAUCAACGAGAUUCGUUACAUCAACGAGGACGAUCAAGCGUUGUUGAUGACGGGAUCCUCCGACGGGGUGCUCAAAGUAUUCAGGAAUUACGAGUCUGCGAAGGGGGUGGAGAUAGUGACGGCUUUCCGUGCUUUGCCGGAACUAAUUCCAAGCAAUAGAAAUGCUGGUCUGGUCUUCGAUUGGCAGCAAGGCCAAGGCAAAGCACUGGUUGCUGGAGAUGUGAAGGUGAUCCGUGUGUGGAACGCGGCCACUGAAGUCUGCACCAACGACAUUCCUGCACGCUCAGGCUCUUGCAUUACCUCCCUUACUUCCGACCAGGUAGCGGGGAACAUCUUUGUGGCUGGAUUUGGCGACGGUGCAGUCCGCGUGUUCGAUCAGCGUCUGAAGCCUACAACCUCGAUGGUGAAGGUCUGGCGUGAGCACAAGCAAUGGAUCACCAAUGUUCACAUGCAACGGGGUGGAUUGAGGGAGUUGGUGUCCGGCAGCCGGAAUGGCGAGAUCAGAUUGUGGGAUCUCCGCAUGGAUGACCCUAUCUCCACGAUCUAUGCCACCAAAGAUACUCUCAGGACGUUGAGUGUUCACGAGCACGCUCCCGUCUUCAUGGUGGGCACGAAUCGCCAUGAGGUCAAGACAUUCAACAUGGAUGGAACCUAUCUGUCCACGUUCGAACCAUAUUCAAGCUUCCUGCACCACAACCGCUCUUCCCCAAUUGCAAGCACUGCCUUCCACCCACAUCGUACCAUUCUUGCCUGCGCUGCGCUUAAUGAUAAUCAUAUCAACCUUGUGAGUUGCUAG